CGCAGGAGUUGAUGUAGUUGCUGCGGCAGGAUUAGAAAAGAACGAGCAAGUUGAACCUUACGGGGCGCACGGUCCACUCGCUCUUUCGCGUCGACGCGUUAAUGGUUUUGGGGAGACCCCUCUAUUGCCUCGUGAGCAACACCACCAUUCAACAAGCCAGCACUUUCCAGCGUUGUCGCGAAUCUUUCAAUUUCCCAAAUAUUCUCAAGUCUUGAAAAUGACAGUUGAAGCCCCUUCCACAACCCCCGCCGCGCCGGCCGCGGCCCCAGCAGCCACCACCCCGCUAAAAAGACACGAAGAAUACCAAUACCUCGACCUCGUCCGCGACAUCCUCGAAAACGGUGAACUCCGCCGGGACCGAACCGGGACAGGCACCUACUCCCUCUUCGCCCCCUCCCCACUCAAGUUCUCCCUCUCCACCCCAACAGGAACCCCCCUCCUCCCCCUCCUAACCACAAAACGCGUCUUUACCCGUGCCAUAAUCCUCGAACUCCUCUGGUUCAUCUCCGGCUCCACCUCCUCCCUCCCCUUGUCCUCCCAAAACGUCAAAAUUUGGGACGGCAACGGCUCCCGCGCCUUCCUCGACAGCCUAGGCCUCACCCACCGCGAAGAGGGCGACCUCGGCCCCGUGUACGGCUUCCAGUGGCGCCACUUUGGCGCAGAGUACGUUGACUCCAAAACAGACUACACCGGCCAGGGCGUCGACCAGCUCGCGCGCAUCGUCCAGACCCUCAAGACGAACCCGUACGAUAGGAGACUGAUCCUCUCGGCGUGGAACCCAAAGGACAUGAGCCAAAUGGUCCUCCCGCCGUGUCACAUGUUUGCCCAGUUUUAUGUCUCUUAUCCUAGGUCGAGGAAAGAGACGGAGGAGGGGAGGGAGGUCAAGGGGCAUCUACACUGUCAACUGUACCAGCGGAGUUGUGAUAUGGGGUUGGGGGUGCCGUUUAAUAUCGCGAGUUAUGCGCUGCUGACGCACAUGCUGGCCCAUGUGUGUGAUUUGGUGCCGGGGAGCUUGACGCACGUGAUGGGGGAUGCGCAUGUGUAUUUGAAUCAUGUUGAUGCUCUCAAGACGCAGCUGGAAAGAGAACCGAGGGAGUUCCCAGAGUUGGAGAUCAAGAGGGAGAAAGGGGGAAGUAUUGAUGGGUGGAAGUUGGAAGAUUUCGAGAUCAAGGGGUAUAACCCGCACAAGGUUAUCUCGAUGGAGAUGUCUGUAUAGUUCCAAGCUGAUUUGGCAUCAUAGAUAAAGUUGCAGGCGACUGGAUAUUCAACCCAAAUAAUUAGACGUGUAAAGCAGAGGCGGUAUAUUCAUCUGACACAAAAGUCCAUGCUAUUUGUUCCUAA